AUGAUGUACCAGCAGCAGCAGAUGUGGCAACAGCAGCAGGCCUACAUGGCGCAGCAGAGCCAUGACAGCAUUAAGCAGGGCUACGGCCAAGGCUUCAACCAGGGCCAGGGCCAGGGGGGCCAGGGCCAGGGGGGCCAGGGCCAGGGCCAAGGCUUUAUGGGUGGCAUGGGCGGCAAGGGCCAGCAUGAGCCACAAGGUCAUCAAAGCCAGAGCCAAGGCUUUGGCAAAAGUAGUGGGAAGGGCAGCGCUGGAGGCUCAGGACUUGGUGGCACCAGCGAACGAAGCAAGGGAGGUGGGAAGGCGGCAAAGAACCAGCCGACUGAAAUGACCUUGGAGGAGUAUCAAGCUGAGCAGAAGAGAAAAGCAGCUGAAAAGAAAGAAAAGAUGUUGAAGCAGCAGGAGGAGGCUCGAGCUGCUGCCAAAGCCCGCGCAGAAGCUUUUGAGCGAGGUGAAUUGCCGGAGCCAGAGCCUCCAGCCCAGCCAAAGGCCCAGCCCAAAGCCGAGCCCAAACCCGAGCCCAAGGCUGAGCCUAAAGCCAAAGCGGAGCCGGAAGAGAAGCCAAAGCCCGCGGAGCCAGAAGACGAUUGGGAGGCAGAAGCUGAAAAGGCAGAAACUCCUGCACCGGCCCCGGAGCCUCCUUCAAAGAAGGAGGUAGCACCGGAACCAAGCAAAGUGCAGGAAGUAAGCACCGCGCCCGAACCGAAGGGUUCUGAAACAGCAGCGCCAGAAGAAGAGGAGCCAGAGGAGGCAGCAGUAGAGGUCAAAGUCGAUGGAAAAGACGGUGACCGAAAGGUACCUGAUCCUCGUCCCCAUCUCAAUGUGGUUUUCAUUGGCCAUGUUGAUGCAGGCAAGUCCACAACCUGUGGUAACAUAUUGUUCCUUUGUGGAAUGGUCGAUGAACGGACAAUCGAGAAGUACAAGCAGGAAGCUGCCAACAAGGCAGGAGAAAGUUGGUUUUUGGCCUUCAUCAUGGACACCAGCGAGGAGGAGAAGGUGAAGGGCAAGACCGUGGAGGUGGGUCGCGCCGCCUUCGAAACGACGAAUCGGCGUUUCACCAUCCUGGAUGCCCCCGGCCACAAGUCGUAUGUUCCCAACAUGAUUGCAGGAGCCUCGGCUGCUGACGUUGGCGUGCUCCUUGUGUCCGCACGGAAGGGGGAGUUUGAAACGGGUUUUGAGAAGGGAGGGCAAACUUGUGAGCAUGCUUUGCUGGCAAAGACUCUCGGAGUUGAAAAGUUGGUCAUCGCAAUCAACAAGAUGGAUGAUCCCACUGUUCAAUGGGACGAGACCAGGUACAACGACAUCGUCAAGAAGAUUGGUGCGUUUCUCAAGAAGAGCGGUUACAAGGAUGAUCAGGUGAUCUUCCUCCCUAUGUCAGGGUUGAUGGGAGACAACAUCAAGGAAAGGAAAGGCACUCCAGCUUGGUACAAGGGUUUGACUUUGCUUGACUCACUGGACGGCAUCUCGGUUGCUGGUCGAAAAGCAGAUGGACCCUUGCGGAUUCCGAUGAUGGAGGGCUACAAGGACAUGGGUGCCGUGACAGCAAUCGGCAAGAUAGAGCAGGGUACUGUGAGGCCUGGCAUGAAAUGUGUCGUGAUGCCAACCAAUAACAAGUGCCAAGUGACCGCAGUGUUUAUCAACGAUGUCGAGAUGCAAUAUGCCACGUGUGGCGAGAACGUUACGCUAAAGAUGUCAGGGAUUGGUGAUGAGGAGCUGAAGAAGGGCUAUGUCUUGUGCGCGGACAAGGGUCCCAUUCCUGUUGUAUCAAAGUUCAAAGCUACGAUUCACGUGAUUGAGCUCGGACCUGACAGACCUGUGAUGACCUCUGGGUAUGUUGCAGUCAUGCACGCGCAUACUGCAAGCGAAGAAUGUGAAAUUCUCAAGUUGUACGAGACAAUGGUCAUUCAGACCAAGAAGAAAGAGAAGAACCCUCAGUUUGCUCGGCCUGAUUCAGUUGUUGUUUGCAGCAUCAAGCUUGCGCGGCCGACCUCCCUAGAUACGUUCACUUCGUCACAACAGCUUGGUCGAUUUACGCUGCGAGUAGACGGACGAACGAUUGCCAUUGGCAAGAUCACGGAGCUGCCGAAGUCUGCCGGGGACGCCUGA